AUGCAAAACGUGCGUCAAGUGGCACUGGAACUACUUGACUGCGAGCGCGUGACCUUGUUCCUUAUCUUCGAGCGGCGGGGGGAGCUCAGAGCCAUGAUCGACCAAAAUCAAAUUUUGCGCAUCCAAUUCGGAGAGGGGAUCGCAGGGCUGGUCGCGCAAACGGGCGGCAGCAUGAACCUCCCUGACGUGUACGAGCACCCCAUGUUCAACAAGGAGGUGGACCGGGUCACAGGCUUCCGAACCCGCAGCAUGCUGUGUAUGGCCGUGUCGGAUAUGACCGGCAAGAACGUCGCGGUGUUGCAGGCGCUGAACAAGAGGUCCGGACAGCCCUUCACGCCGGCUGACGAACGCAGUCUCAGGCUCUUCGGGACACACCUGGGCAACACGCUGGUGAAGGCGAAGCUGCACGAGACCGCAAAGCGGGAGAAGGAGCGGCUGCAGGCUAUCUACACCUGCUUCAAGAGCCUCAAUGCGGCGGAGGAGGUGGGCCAGAUGGUGGUGUGCGCCACAGCCGCCCUGGAGCGCCACAUCAUUCACGCCGAGCGGGUGCUGUUCUUCCUGGUUGACAAGCCGCGAGGGGAGCUGUGGCUUCACACCCACCAGGCUGAGGCCGUGCGGUUGAGAGUGGGCCAGCAAGGGGGGGUGGUGGGGAUGUGCGCGGAGUCCAGAAAGCCGCAAAGCUGGGCGGAGUUCGCCGACCCCCACCUGGACCCCGCGCUAGGUCGCCUGCCCGCACACCUGGCGCCCCUCCGCAUCAAGAGUGUGCUGGUGCAGCCCGUACACGUCGCCAAUAACGACCGGGUCCUCGCAGUGGUGCUGGCGCUCAACAAGAGGGAGGCGGAGGGAACCAGUGACAUCUUCUUUGAGCCUUUCUUUACGGAUGCGGAUUGCGACGCCAUGGCGCUGUUCGCCUACGAGAUGGAGGACCUGCUCAGCGAGAGGACCUUGGAGCUGUCCCUGCUGUCGGCGCUGUCAGUGGUGGGGCACGACGGGGCGCACCCCAGUGUGGCGGUGCAGGGCGCUGUGGGCGGCGGCGGGGCGGAGGGCGGUGGCGGCACCUCCACACCCGGCGGCCCCUCCAGCGCGGUCUCCUUGUCGGGGGAUGAGGACUUCAUUCGGUCGAGGCUCAUUCAGAUGUACCUGCCGGAGUGCAAAAUGGAAAGCCCCGGCUCUCACGGAGGCAUCAUGUUCAACCGGAACUCCUUCUCCGCCGCAACCGCAACCGCCAACCAGAUGCGGGCGUCGAUGGACCGCAAGCGAACCGCGGGUCUGUCGCUGUCGCUGAUUGGGGACGGGGGCCCCGCGGGCGCCAAGCGGCCAGGCUCCGGGCCCGGCCUGGGCGGCAGCAGCUUCUCCCGGCGCAGCGACCUGGCCCUCCCUAGCCACCGCAUGAGCCUGGCAUUGCGGUACUUGGUAUCGCCGCCGAAGCAGAACGGCUGGGGUUGCGGCGGCGUGGAUGUGUUCCGUCGUAUAUCGACGCACGAGCGGCUAAUGGCGCCGUGGCGGAGGUUGAUGCCGGUGAAGAGCGCCGGCGGGGCGGUAGGGGCCGCCGCCGCCGCCGCCGCCACCGCCACCGUCGUCGGGGAAGGCAACGGUGGCGGCAAGGAUGGCGGAGAUGGUUGUAAUGCGGAUGAGGCUUAUGAAGGUGGUGGCGGUGGUGGUGGUACGGCAGCAGAGUCGAUAUCGGGGCUGCGGAUGGGCCACAUGCCGCAGCCUUUUGGCGAUUUUGCCAGAGUGCAUGAGGAGCUUCGUACGGCAGCGGAGGAGUCUUUGCGGGUCAAUGUGUUCGACCCCCAGUCCGUGUUGGAGAACCACCACUGCGCCAUGACCUUCGCCAUCCUGUCGCGUGCGGACUGCAACCUGCUGGCGGUGCUGACACCGGAGGAGCAGCGGGCGGCCCGCAAGGUCAUCAUCGCGGCCAUAUUGUGUACGGAUAUGGCCAACCACUUCACCAUCACGCAGGAGUUCCAGAAGCACGGACUGGGGUAUGAGCCCGAUAACGAGUCGGACAGAUUGCUGCUGAUAAAGAUCAUUCUGCACGCCGCCGACAUUGGCAACGCGGUUCGCCCCUUCCAUGUGAACCACGUCAUGAGCCGGCGGGUGCACCGGGAGUUCGAGGCCCAGGCGCACGAGGAGAUGUCGUUGGGUCUGCCCGUCACCUUCUCCGUCGACACCUCGGACCGAGUGAUGUGCGCACGAGUGGAGCUCAACUUCCUGCUGGCGGAGGAGGAGGAGCAGCAGCGGCAGCAGCAGCAGCUACAGCUGCUACAGCUCAAAUCUGUGGAAGGCGAGGCGCCCUCAAAAGCGCUCCCUGCCGCCAGUGCGGUUGCGGACACGUCCCCCGGGGUCCCCACCGAUGUGGAGCCCUUCUCUCAGGCGACGGCAGUAGCAGCGGCGGAAACAGGGAACGGGGGUACCUGCGACGGCGACGGCGGCGGCGGCGGCGGCUCGGUUGAAGGGCAGGGCAGCGGCGACAGUGGCGGUUCCUUCGGCUCUCUACUUCCCCUGGAGGUGCAGAUAAGCGAUGCGGCGGCGGCGACAGCGGCGGCGGCGGCGCAUGAGGCAGCGGUGGCGGCGGCGGCGGCGGCGGCGGCAGCGGCGUCGUCGUUAAGGGAGCAGCAGGGCCAUGGCGGCGGUGGUGGUGGUACUGGUGGUGCGGACAUGGCGAUCAGUCCCAAGGAGAAGUCGCAAGCAGAGGCGCUUCUCAUUCGCGACGAGGUUGAUCGUUUGGAUCAAGACCACGUUCGGAAUCCUGACCCUGCCGUACGGGAUGACGAUGGCGACUGCCCCAUGUCGGAGCGGGUCCCAUGA